AUGCGUGUCGCGACCAACAUUGCUGUCUUCUUUGGCGUGUCCUCGACUGUUUUAGCGACCUGCUAUUUCCCUAAUGGCAAUGUGGUAGAUUCCGACACAGCCUGCAAUCCGAACGCGAUAGUAUCAUCGUGUUGUUACGACAACCAGGCCUGCCUCUCCAACGGACUCUGUGUAUCUGAUCCUCACGAUCCUGUCAAAGCGCGAUACCAUCGAGGAACAUGUACAGAUAAAGCAUGGAAGAGCGGGAACUGUGUUCGACAAUGCCUUGAUAUCGAAGACAACGGAGCGCCAGUCUAUAGCUGCAAUGCGACUGACACCGAUUCGUAUUGCUGCGGUGACGACUGUGAAUGCGAGAACCCCUUCGAAGUCUUCUCCUUCGAUCAAUUACCAGCCGACGUCUACACCGUUACCAUUAUUCUUGAGUCGUUUACUCAGACCCAUACAUCGACACCAUCAGCUACUUCCACCGUGCCAGGCUCAUCUGCCAGCGCAACUUCAGUGCUUGCAGUCCCAACUACUUUAGCAUCCGCUACAACAGCCCCAAAAUCAGGAGGAUCAACGGACAACGUCGCUCUGGGGGUAGGACUGGGGGUCGGACUUGGUGUAGGCCUACUUGCGGCUCUCAUUGCUGGCUUUUUCCUUUGGCGUCGCAAGAAGGGAUACAAGCCCGCCAACGAUGGAACUGAAAGUCCCAUGGAGCUGAGCAACGAGGGAUUCUUUCCGCCUCAGGAAAAAUAUGCCUACAAUCGUCAGACGGAAGUGCCAGGAGACAUCGCCGCUGCUGAACUGCCCGCAACACCACACGAGCCCAUUGAACUAGCCAGUCCCACCGACCCAACACAACUUACAGGAACUGCCACGAAGUAUCGAUGA